CGCUCCCUGAGUUAGAGCUGUCGCAACGAAGAGAAAUAACUCACACAAAAAACACAAGGGAGCCUCCCGAUCAUCUCGGUGGCGAUCUCGAAUAAGAUCCGGUGCUGCUCCAUGAUUUGAAUCUCUCGGACUGAUCAUGACAGGAAUGCCCCCUGCAGUCUGCAGCUGAUUGCAGGGGACGUCUGCUGCCUACAGCUCUCGGUCUCGGAUGCCAUAGAAGAGUUGGUCCCCAUGGACUGCGGACACCACGGCGUUGUUCCACGGCCUGAACACCAGGCGCCGCCCAAUUGCUGCGCCACCGAGGUCCCGCAGAGCCCGACGCUCUCUUCCGAAGAAUUCCUCCAGUUCAAGAGGAAGGCCACCACGAUCGUGGAGGAGUACUUCUCCACGGACGACGUCGCCGCGACGGCGAACGAGCUGCGGGAGCUCCGCGUGCCGUGCUACCACUUCUACUUCGUCAAGAAGCUGGUCUCCGUGGCAAUGGACCGCCACGACAGGGAGAAGGAGAAGGCGGCGGUCCUGCUGUCCUCGCUCUACGGCGACGUCGUCGACCGCCCGCAGCUCUGCAAGGCCUUCUGCAAGCUCACCGAGUCCUGCGACGACCUGUCCGUCGACACGCCCGACGCCGUCGACAUCCUCGCCGUGUUCGUCGCCCGCGCCGUCGUCGACGACAUGCUGCCGCCGGCGUUCCUGGCCACGCAGAGCGCGCGCCUGCCCCACGGGUGCAAGGGCGCCAAGGUCCUCCGCAGGGCGGAGAAGAGCUACCUGUCCGUGCCGCACCACGGCGAGAUCGUCCUGCAGAGGUGGGGCGGCAGCAAGCGGAUCACGGUGGAGGAGGCCAAGGCCAAGAUAUCCGACAUCCUGGAGGAGUACCUCGCCGGCGGCGAUAGGAGCGAGGCCCUGCGGUGCGUCAGGGACCUCAAGAUCCCCUUCUUCCACCACGACGUCGUCAAGCGCGCGCUCGUCCUCGCCGUGGAGCGCGGCCGUGCGGCCGAGGGCCUCAUCCUGGACCUCCUCAAGUCGGCGUCGGAGGAAGGCGUUAUCAACGAGAGCCAGAUCACUAAAGGGUUUGACCGUCUGAUCGACUCUCUAGACGAUCUGGCGCUCGACGUGCCGAACGCGAGGUGCCUUCUGAAAUCGGUGAUCCAUAAGGCUUCGUCGGAGGGCUGGCUGUCCGAGUCGUGCCUCAAACCGUUGCCACCGGAGCCGAAGAAGGGUAGCGAGGUCGACGACGCCACGGUGCGGCAGUUCAAGGAGAAGGCCGUUUUGAUCAUAAAGGAGUACUUCUUGACCGGCGACAUCAUCGAGGUCAUGAGCUGGUUGGAAGCAGAGAACUACUCGUGUUGUCCCUCCUUCAAUGCCAUCUUCGUGCAGAAGCUGGUGAACGCCGCGAUGGACCGGAAGAGCCGCGAGAAGGAAAUGGCGUCGGUGCUGCUCUCCUCGCUCUGCAUGCCGCCAGAGGACGUCGUGGCAGGGUUCCACCUCCUCAUCGACGCCGCCGAGGACGCCGCGCUGGACAACCCGGCCAUAGUCGAGGACCUGACCAUGUUCUUUGCUAGGUCCGUGGUUGACGAGGUGAUCGCACCGUCGGACCUGGAGGCAUUGGAGGAGGACGCCGGCCGCGUCAAGGCGGAUGGCUCCGCCGGCAUGCUGGCGCUUCGGAACGCCCAUGCGCUGCUCGGCGCGAAGCUCUCCGCGGAGCGGAUCUUGCGGUGCUGGGGCGGCGGCGGCAGCGGCAAGGCAGGCUGGGAGCUGGACGAGGUGAAGGACAAGAUCGGCAAGCUGCUGCAGGAGUACGACUGCGGCGGCGACAUCCGGGAGGCGUGCCGAUGCAUCAAGGAUCUUGCCAUGCCCUUCUUCCACCACGAGGUGGUGAAGAAGGCGCUGGUGGCUAUCAUCGAGAAGCGAGGCAGGGACGAGCGGCUCUGGGGCCUCCUCAGCGAGUGCUACGGUCGCGGUCUGAUCACGCCGAACCAGAUGACCAAGGGCUUCGACAGGAUGGCCGACUGCGUCGACGACCUCGCACUCGACGUGCCUGACGCCGCGAAGCAGCUCGGCUGCUGCAUCGAGCGCGCCAAGAAGGAUGGAUGGCUUGACCCGUCCUUCUCGAUGACGACGCCAGGGCUGCCUGUUGCAAAUGGCGUUUGUUCGUGAGCAAUCGGUCACAUUCAGGGUGCAGCACCGCAAUUCCAUUUCCUGGGGAGUUCGUCUGCAACUUUUAGUACUUUUACACAUCACACUAUAUAUACUUGUACUAUGAAUCAACAGGGGCAAGAGAGAGGGAAUAUACAAAUAUAAUCGCCAC